UAAAUUCUGAGAUUUUUUCUUUGGAGGAAAUUGUUCUUUGUAUGUUUCAACAUAUGUCGGAAACGAAUAUUUCUAGCUUAUCCUCGAAGACCUCCUUCCAAGGGCCAUUUUUGUGGAAUAAGAAACAGAUGAGGAAAUGUCUGGAAAAAUACGCACAAAAGCAGCUUCAAACACGACAGAUUCAGCUACAUUGUCGUUGAACGAGAAGAUAUUGAAGGAAUGUCACAAUGUAUACACAAAUCCAGAUAAUGGUCUAGUCUCAAUAGCCUCAGGUCUUGGGUUGAAUCUACUAGCACCCAGGAAGAAGAUCACUGUACUCCUCAUUGGCAACCAUUCUGCUGGCAAAAGCUCAUUCAUCAAUUGGUAUAUUGAGGAACAUGUCCAGAGAGUUGGUGUUGCCAUAGAAACACAGGGUUUUACCUUCGUCACUAGUGGCAGGAAACGAGAAUCUCUUACUGGCAAUGCUACGUUACAUCUCUAUCCGCACUUUGAACCACUUCGCGAAAUACCAGGAGUGACCGACUAUGUCGCAACAGAAAUCUCAACUUCGAAGCAGAAGAAGUUCAGUCUGGUGACAUUUGUAGAUUCACCUGGACUUGUAGAUGGAGACAUGAAAUAUCCAUUUGAUGUCAACCAGGCAAUUGCAUGGCUCGGUGACUUGGCUGAUCUGAUAUUUGUGUUCUUUGAUCCUAUUGGUCAAGCUCUAUGUAAACGUACCCUGAAUCUGGUGGAGACCCUCAAUGAGAAACAUGCAGAGAGGAUGAGGUUUUAUCUCAGCAAGGCAGAUGAGGCGGGCCAUGAGAGUGAUAGACAGAGAGUUAUGAUGCAGAUUGUCCAAGAACUUUGUAAGAGACCUGGACUCAACAAGACUGGAUUUGACAUGCCAACUAUUUAUAUACCAAAUCCAUCUGGAAAACCUAGUCGCUGUGUGAACCAGAUAGAAGAAGUUUGUAAAGAUGUUGAAAAGACGAUCAAUCAGACAAUCCAGAAUACUCUAAACACACUGGAGAAAGACUGUGAGAGUAUAUCAAGCAUUAUUGAUAAAAAGAUUAGGGAAGACAGUGAGGCGUGUUCAUACAACUUCCGAGCCAGAAGCAAGGGAUUCUGUUACCUGUGCCUCGGUCUUGUAUUACCCAUAAUUCUUGCCAUCAACUUCCUCGCAAGCAACGCAAGUAAAGAAAUGCUCACCAACACAUUAGGUGCAGCAGGCAGGGAACAACUCUAUGUUUAUAUGUCUCCUGUUCGUAAGAUGUGGUCCAUGAUACCAGAGGCCUACCACCUUCAUGUGCUUGGGGCCUUCAUAUUUGUAUCUCUAUUGCUAGUCGUGCUGGGAAGAUGGUCUUCCAGAGCUAAAUCUACGCUAUCCAGGAAACAGAAGAGGAUCCUAAAGGAAAACCAGGAGUAUGUCCAGAAUGUAGUCAAAGGGAAAAAGCAAUCCCUCUAUCAGCAAUAUCUCCAGCAGAGUGUGGCUGAGCAUGAUCUCUAACCUAACAGUGCUAUAAAUGAAUGGAUCCUCAAUCCUCUACAGUGCUAUAAAUAAAUGGAACCUCAAUCUGCUAUUGGGCUUUAAUGAAAUGACAGAUCACAUUACACAGGGGUUUCAUUUGCAUUUGACAACAGGUUCUUCAUCUCUGGAUAUUGUUACCAAAAUCAGCCUUUUUAAGGAAUUUCAGUGUAAUAUUAUACAAUUAUGGUGCCUGUUUUCUUGAUUUGCCUGUUGUCUGAAAUUCUAAUGAAACCCCUUUUACCAAGAUAUAUAAUAUUCAAGAUAUGGUUCAUGGCCUAUACUUACCUGAACUGUAUAAGUGCAUAAUUGAAAGACACUUAUGAUCUCCUAGGCAUAGUUAGAAAUACUCUCCAGAAGGAUUAAGGAAAUCCAUAGGUGGGCUAAUAUGAUGAAGUCC